AUGCAUUGCCGCAACAUUGUGAUGAAGGGAUUGGCCAAUGCUGACCUCGUAAGCUUACGCAUAGAAAAAUCGUUCUUUGUGAAUGUUAUUCGGAUUCCACGUCUGGAACUUUCAGGCGACUACUCAGUGGAUGGACGAGUUUUAUUACUUCCCAUUAAAGGAAGCGGCAAGGCCGUUUUCGUUUACGAAAAUGCUGUCGUAUUCUACAAACAAAACCAUGUACUGGAGAAAGAACGAGAUCGUUAUUAUCUCAGAUUUGGUGAGAAUAGUGCCACAUUCAACUGUUCUAAUGCUCACUUUACUCUGGAAAAUCUGUUCAAUGGAGACAAACAAUUAGGCACCACCCUCAACAACUUCCUGAACGAGAACUGGCGAGCUGUGGUGGACGACCUGGGGCAGCCGUUCGUGGAGGCGGCGGCGCAAGUCAUUCGCGAGUUCGCCUUCGCCAUCAUAGGCAACGUUCCAUACGACGAGAUCUUCGACGACGUGGAGUUGCCAGAGUGAACUUU